UCCUCCACCGGAAAAAUGGCAACUCUCACCUGCUUCAGCUUCUCCUCCACCCUCUCCGGCCGCAAAUCCUCACUGCGAUCACUCCCCGCCGCUCCAUCUCCGGUUUCCCGCCAAUGUCUCUCCAAAAUCCCAUCUGGGUCCUCUUUUCCCGCGCUGUCCGCCUCCCUCCGUAGAAGCAUUCCGUUGAUUCCGGCGUGUUCCUCGAAGAACGAGGAGAGAGAGGAAGAUGAUGCGAGUGAGAGCGUAGGUGAAGAGAUUAGAGAGACAUUGUUGUUGUCUGUAUCUCCUUUGCCUCUCUUAGUUGUGGCUUCUCUCCCAGGAGCUGCAACUGUAAGAUCUCUCUUCGGACCCUUUGUGGAGCUCGUACAAUCGUGGAAUCUGCCUGAAUGGCUCGUUCAUUGGGGCCAUCCCGGGAAUAUGGCCGUGGUGCUUUUCGCAAUGGGCGGAUACGGAACGUAUCUUGGCUUCCGGAUCCGAUAUUCAGACGACAUUGAGGAGAAAGCGAAGGCGAAAGAUUUGCACCCGAAGCUAUUAGGAGGGAUGUUUUUCUUCUUCUCCCUCGGAGCAACCGGUGGUAUCACUGCCCUUCUUACAUCCGACAAACCCAUCUUUGAAAGCCCACAUGCGGUGACGGGAUUCGUCGGCCUUGGCCUGCUGACGAUACAAACGAUCUUACCCGCUUUGUUCGAGAACAAUCCAGGAUUGAGGAAAGUACAUGGGAUUCUUGGGAGCAGCAUUAUGGCGUUGUUCCUCGUCCAUUCUGUUUUUGGUCUUCAGCUCGGUCUCAGUUACUAACGGCUUUUUUUGGCCAUUGCCCUUCAUUAUUAGUGUUUUUAUUAAAUUUUUUUAUUUAAUUGUUGUAUUAUUCGACGGGUAUUAAAAAAAGGAAAAAAACACUAA